AUGGAUCCCAACCCCUCAAUUUCCGAUCCCAAACCCCAAAACCCUAAUCCCCCGAGCAGGGAUUUCCUAAUCCACCUCGAAAUCUACCUCGCCAAGCGCGACGGCGUCGACAAGCUGCUCAAGAUCUCCCGCUACGCCGCCAAGAUCGCCCUCGCUUCCUCCCUCCUCGACCCGCGGCAUCCCGCCGCCGCCCGCCUCAAAUCCUUCGAAUCGAGCGUCGGCGUAAGCCGCAAAGCCUUCCGCAUCGGGAAAUUCGUCCAGGACGUCAACGCCCUCAGGUCGGCGGCGCACCUCGCCUCUCACUCCCACCUGGGCCUAUUCCUCUCACUGGUCGCCCACGGCGGCGAGGGGCUGUACUACUUCGUCGAGCAGUUCGUUUGGCUGGGGAAAGCCGGCCUGAUCGACCGGCGGCGGCUGCCGGCGCUGCAGAGGCUGAGCGCCUGGUGCGAGUUCGUCGGGUACUUCGGGAGCGUGGGCUUGAAGGUGAUGGAGUUGAGGGGAAUCGAGGAGGAGGAGAGGUGCUUGGCGUCGAGCAUCGAUUUGGCGGUGGUGAGAGGGAUCAAGUGCGGGGAGGAGCAGGGUAAGCUGCGGAGGUUGAGGGAGAAGAAGGUGAUGAAGUGGCUUUCGGUUGUUCAGGAUUUGGCCGACGGGCUAAUGGCUCUGGCGGACAUUAGGGAUGGCCGAGGGCGGCUGUCGGCUCCAAUCCUUUUGUCGUCUGCCGGGCUGCUGUCGGCAUUGAUCAGUACUCAUAAGAAUUGGGUUUCUUGGUUUGUUGAAUGUUGGGGCAUGGUUCAUAAGAGUGGAACUAUUUUGGAUUUCAGAAUUCAUGUUGGAAAAGCAUUGAAAUCUACAUUGAAAGGCCUCCAAAAGAACGAAUAG